UCCCAACGUUAUUCAUGCCUGAAUACCCAACUUACUAUUUAUAAACCCUUUCCGCCCUCCUCCGCCGCCGUAGAACCGCCAGCAAAAUGUCUUCCGACGGAUUCCGACCGCUGGACGAGAAGUCAUUGGUGGAGUACUUGAAGGCAACUCCGUCCCUCUCCGUGAAACUCGGCGACCAGUUCGAUAAGCUUGAAAUCAAAGAAGUCGGCGAUGGAAACCUCAACUUCGUUUACAUUGUUAUCGGCCAAUCUGGAUCCUUCGUCAUCAAACAGGCCCUUCCAUACAUUCGCUGUAUCGGAGAAUCAUGGCCGAUGACAAAAGAACGUGCCUAUUUCGAAGCAUCUACUUUAGAAGAGCACGGCCGACUAUGUCCGGAUCAUGUUCCCGAGGUUUACCAUUUCGACCGGAAAAUGUGUUUGAUCGGCAUGCGGUACAUUAAGCCACCUCAUAUAAUUCUAAGAAAAGGAUUGAUAUCUGGGAUUGAGUAUCCGUUACUUGCGGAACAUAUGUCGGAAUAUAUGGCCCGGACGCUGUUUUUUACUUCCCUGCUUUAUUUGACCACUACGGAGCAUAAAAGUGCAGUUGCUAAAUUUUGCGGGAAUGUGGAGUUAUGCAGACUUACCGAACAGGUUGUCUUUUCCGACCCCUACAAAGUGUCUGAAUACAACCAUUGGACAUCUCCUUACCUUGACGCUGAUGCCGAGGCAGUUCGAGAGGAUAACCUUUUGAAACUUGAAAUCGCUGAGCUAAAAUCCAAAUUCUGUGAGAGAGCCCAAGCUCUUAUACACGGUGAUCUCCAUACAGGUUCGGUCAUGGUUACCACUGAGUCAACUCAAGUGAUCGACCCUGAAUUUUCUUUCUACGGACCAAUGGGAUUUGAUAUUGGAGCUUUUAUUGGAAAUCUGAUUUUAGCUUAUUUUUCACAAGAUGGACAUGCUGAGAAGGACGCUGAUCGUAAACUAUACAAAGAGUGGAUUUUGAAGACAAUAUCGGAUACUUGGAAUCUCUUCUACGAAAAGUUCACGGCUCUUUGGGAUCAACACAAGGAUGGGCCCGGCGAAGCUUAUCUUGCAGCAAUUUAUAAUAAUUCGGAACUCCAAUUGCUCGUUAAACAAAAAUACAUGGACGAUCUUUUCCAUGAUACUCUUGGAUUUGGUGCUGCAAAAAUGAUAAGGAGAAUUGUCGGAGUGGCUCAUGUGGAAGAUUUCGAAUCAAUCAAGGAAGCCGACAAACGUGCAGAAUGCGAACGCAAGGCUCUAAACCUCGCUAAAACCCUCCUCAAAGAUAGGAAAACGUUCCACAAUAUAAGUGAAGUCAUUUCUGCAAUUAAGCAUCUCGACAAAUAAUAAAAUCUUCGUCACUUAUUUUCUGCAAAUUUCAUUUGCAUAUGAUAUAAUUUAUAUAAUAAUGCAUUGAAGUUACUCUCGAAUUUCGUAUUACUCUAGUAUUUAUACGAAACUCCAUUACAUCAAUUUAUUAUUUUUCCCA